UAGAUAUAUUUUUUAUUAUGGUAUGACCAUCAAUAAUUUUCUUAAUAUUAUAAAAUUACAAUUUCACUAGAAACUUUUAUUGUAGAUAAUGAUUUAUUUCAGUUCUUUAAUAAUUUUGUUAGUAAAAUCUCUUGUUCAUCAAAAUAGAUACCUAUUCUUCUUUUGUUUGUUUAAGAAUCUGUUAUUUACUUCAAUUGCCAUUUUCGCCAUUUACCCGGACAUUACUAGAAUCAAAAGGGUAAACGGUAACGAAAUUCCGCAAGGCGCUUUUAAUUUACAUCAUUAUGUAACUUUAAAUGAAGACAAUCCGAAUUCUGGAAUAUUUCGUAAAUGGCAUGAAAAAGACGACGCACUGUCCAUUAGGGGUAUAAGACCUAUUGUCCUUCAUGCUCUAAACGAGUGGAAAAGAGCUUCAUUGAUCCAGGGCAGGCUUGACGUUCCAAACAGUCAAUUUUACUGGGGGCCUCAUGGUUUAGUAAAACGAUCUGUUGAAAAUGAAGAUGAAUCCAAAAACAGCAUUGAAGGAGAUAAUGAAGAUGCUGACGUCCGAAGUAUUCCACGAUAUUCACAAGAAAAUGGUUACAGAGGAGAAUAUGGCGAACACACUUUCGAGGUAAUUCCUACUAUAAUUUUGAACAUCGACGAUUAUUCUUCGCCGUACCAAACUUAUGGAACGCCUUAUGCUCCAUGUAAUUAUAAAACUCUUGAAUCCUAUGACAGGUUUGGAACUAUAAAAGGAAAUUUGCAAAAUUGGCAAAAUAAUCCAAAAUAUGUUAAUUCAAAAUCUCAAAUUUAUCGAAGCAGUGAACCUAGAGACCCAACUCUCCAUUCCCAUGGUCAUUCCCAUUUCCAUCAACAUGUCCAUUCCCACGGAUUAAACGUUUUGAGACCUCAAACACAACUCCAUAGUGGUGCAGGUUUUGUACACAAUGCUGGUUUGGUUACCAAUGUUCCAAUCUCCUCUACGAUCCCACAAACGCAUAUAACUAAUAUUAAUAUUCCUCAACAACAUUCCACGGGAUUCACCUCUCAUCUCAAUGGUGGUUUUACGAGUGGUUUAAAUCAUGGGUCUAGUGGAUUCUCUUCUCAUCAAACUGCUGUAAAUGUUGGUCAUGGAAGUUCCGGCAUUACGAGCGGUUUAAAUCAUGGAUCUAGUGGAUUUUCCUCUCAUGAAACGGCUGUAAAUGUUGCUCAUGGAAGUUCUGGUAUUACGAGCGGUUUAAAUCAUGGAUCUAGUGGAUUUUCCGCUCAUGAAACAGCUGUAAAUGUUGGUCAUGGAAGUUCCGGCAUUACGGGCGGUUUAAAUCAUGGAUCUAGUGGAUUUUCAUCUCAUCAAACGGCUGUAAAUGUUGGUCAUGGAAGUUCCGGCAUUACGAGCGCUUUAAAUCAUGGAUCUAGUGGAUUUUCAUCUCAUCAAACGGCUGUAAAUGUUGGUCAUGGAAGUUCCGGCAUUACGAGCGGUUUGAAUCAUGGAUCUAGUGGAUUUUCUUCUCAUCAAGCAGCUGUAAAUAUUGGUCAUGGAGGUGUCGGCGGUUUUGGAACUACAAGUGGUAAUGUCCAAAUUGCACAAGUCUCAGGAGCAAAUAAUGCUGUGUCUCAAUCGAGUUUUCGCGAAGCAGGAGAAGAGUCUUUGGGAAGCCCAUCAAUUUUCCAAUUUCCGUUAAAUAGUCGUAGAGUGAGUUUUGAUCGAAGUAGCAGUCAGGAAGGACACAAUCAAAGGUCAUUUCAGAGGAACAAACGAUCCCUUUUUCCACUUGAAGUGGUCUCAAAGAUAUUGACUGCAAUUGCUGAUGAUAAUGUCAAAGUCAACGAAAGACCAAAACGUUCUUUACCAUUGGUAAAAUUAGCAGUAGAUCCAAACGCAAAACUGGACGUCUUUCAAACGUCCGACAACAUGGGGAAAUUAAUUAAAAGUUCCCUUGACGACGAAAGGUCGCCUGUUAGUCACUUGAAGGACAUGACGGGAUCCUUGAGAGAUACAUUUAUCUCUUCUACCAGACUCAUUCCCAGCGAUGUUAUUAUUCCCGCAAGAUAUAAAGUAAUUGACACUCAUCAACACGACAUUGUGAAAAUACCUCUUUCAAAAAAUUCAGAGCACACAGAUCGUGAGAAUAAUUUUGUUGGUGGUAUCAAUCCAGCGGUUUAUCAACAACCAGCUGUUUCCACAUCAAAAUCUGGUACCGUAAGCAAGGAACCGCUCAAAAACACGACUCUAAAAAAAUCAAAGACACUUUUAUCGAAAGAUCCCGAGAAACUGUCAAGUUCGGAUCCUACCUCCUUUUACAAAACUUAUCAGAAAAUUGGCGACAUGAUCAGAAACACUGUCGUGUCAAGUCAACAAACAUUAAGUCACGUUAAUGAUGCUAUAUCUAGUGGAAGAAAACUGGCACAUUCCACCAAAGGCGCAGUUCCACGGUUGUUAUUACCACUGAGCAAAGUACCUGCUCUUGAAAAGCCGGGAAGCAAACCUUACGUUCCUGUACAACCUGAUCGUGCUCUUCUCGUAGCUCCUAAAGGAUCUAGAGUUAACGAUAUUGUUGGAAGUUCUCACAAACACAACGAAGACUUCGUCAGCACAAGUAACUUGUUUGAUUCAAUUGGCCUCACACAUACAAAAGAUGAAGACGAAAAUAUGAUGGAAUAUCUAGUACAGAGAUCCCCAGCGCAACUACAAAAGAAACAUUUACUUUUGGCCAACAAUAAAGGAAGUCAUGUUGAUGGCGCCUUAGAAGUUUUGAACGAAGCCGAAGAAACUGUCGAUGCUACCAAUUUACACGAUUUUGUAAUCAAACUGAAAAACGAGCUUGAAAGACCUCAUGUUGUAGGCGAGAAAAACGUUAUUGGUGCAGAGUCUUCUUCGAAGUCUUGCACUUGUAGUAAAGGAAGAGGUAAAGUGAGAACAAACGAAGUACAACUGAAGAUGCAAGAGAAUGAGAGGAUGGAAAACAAAAUUUACCAAAACACAGAAGAGGUUCUAGAAGAUCCUAUUGUGGAAUCUUCUUUUGUUACUAGAAAAGAUUUGCUGAAGCCUUUUAUGGGACGAAUUAAACUUGAAGAUCUGCACAAACUCUUGAACGAUUCAAGGCGUAGUAAUGAAGAGAACAAAAUAAAAUCAUCAGUUAGUUCGAAACGUGCCGCAAAUCGUGAAUUUAAUGUUCGUUCGAAGAGAAGUGCUGAAGGCGAUGACGAACCAAUGCUGGGCGCCAUAAAUCCAAAUUUAUUCCAAGAAUAUUUUAAUGAACCCUUGCAAGAUAUUAAGAAUUUCCACAGGGACCCCUUUAAAGAACCUGCGGAUCAGAUACGUCAACAGAGUCGACAAAGUUCGAAUGAUACUGAACUAGAAAUGAAUCACAGUAAGUUUCUGUUAAAGCCUUUCGUCGCAUAUAGUAAGUCAUCUGAAGAAACAAGAAGAAUUUUGGAGAAAUUUGGAUAUAAAGAUAAAACAGACGUUAAUGACCGUAAAAAAGCUCUACCAAAAAUUUAUGAAAUUGUAUCGCUUUCUUCGUAAUAGAAACAGGUUUUACCCCAAAAGGUAAACUGCUUCUCAGUUAUAUGACAAUUAUUUUUUAUAAGUUAUUGAAGUUUUCUAGUCCAGCUUUCAUAAGAAUUUAUAAUAAAAAAAUAAUUGUUAAUUGUAAUGUGCACAAAACAUUAUCACAUAUUUAUUUAUGCUUAUCAUAUGAAAAUAUUAAAAAUAAUUUAUUUUUACUU